UCCGUUAUUGCAUUGACUACUUCUGUCUGUCAAUCCAUUAAGCGAGGAGGUACGCUGGCGAGCUCUCGUGCGGAGUCGGAAGCACGACGAGUACCAGAGCUUGAACCGCGGUGAAGACGACGACAAGGACGGCGGUGAGCGUGCUGGUUACAGUAGGGGCGAGUGGGAACGUGAUGAUGCAAUCAAAGAGUUGAGGUAAUGAUCUUGGUGAGGGGGAGGUGAUCAUGGAGGCCACGUGGCAAGAUAGUGAUGAGGAUCUUGUUGAUUAUAAUAUCGGGAAAAGGUAGGUAGGAGGAUGAUCUUGUUGAGAUUAAUGGCGGGAACAUAUGAUGGAUGGCGUUGACAUUGCUCGUUUCACAGCUUGGAUGAGAACGGUCAGAGCAGUGGUGUUGGUGCAGCGGACUUUUCACCGUUGCAUCAUCUUCACUGUUGCAUCUUCUUCGUCUGGUUUCCCCGUGGCCUAAGCAUCGUUAUUACUGUCGCAUCUUCUUCCUCCGGUUUCCCCUUGGCCUAAGCAUCUUAAUCGGGCUAAUCAUCACGGCUAUAAAUUCUCCAGAAACACAAAAGGAAAAGAAUAGCCGAACUGCAUGCGCCUGUGCAUUGGCUAUUCAUCGCAAGGUCUGCGGUGGGCAGAGGGUCAGAAAGCCGCGCGUGAAGGUGCAUGGGCGGGAAAGGGGGGGAGGUGCGGGAGUGAAAGGCGCGCGCGGGGGAAGUGCGCGACUGGGCAGAGGUCGCGCUUAGGGGGAAAGGGGACAGGGGGAAAGACCGUGGACGCCUUCGAGAAAGGGGGCCUUGGUGGUGGCUAUUGAUACUGGGGCUUGCCUGUCGAAGACUGGGUGGGUUAAGAGGGAGAAGGAGAGGAGCUCUGCUGCAGAGCAGGGAGAGGAUGAGGACAGGGAGAUUCUGAGGUGUGUGCAAGAUCAGGAGCUACUGGCGCCAUGCCCGUGGGUCGAGAUCCCGACCACAAGUGUCGUCUGUGCGUCGGGUGUGGACAAUUGUUUGAAGAGAACACCAGGAGGAGGAGGAGGAAGAGCAGCCAUAUCAGCCCCCCUUCGGUGCUUCCAAACGGUGGCGCGGGACAUCGGCUCAGCCAUCAGCAGCGCUCGAGCAGUAUUCGGUCUGGGAUCUGCCCCGAUUGCCAGCUUGGAAAGGCGAAAUGCUUUUACUGUGGAUCCGUGGUCGGACUUGUGGACAAUGCUGAAGCCAUCCAGUGCGGGCGAAAGGACUGCAAGAAGGUCUUCCAUAGGGAUUGCGCUGAAAAAGCAGGUUGUUAUACCACGAAGAGGGCUGCUCUGGUCUGUUCUCAGCACAUCUGCAGUGCCUGCCACAGCUAUCGUGACUCCCGACUAUGGCGAUGCUGCAUGUGCCCUGUUGCAUAUCACAGAUCCUGCUCCCCAGAAGAUACAGUCUGGCUUGAUUCCCGACUUGGGCUCGUGGUGUGCUGGAGGCAUUCCAGAGAGCUGAAGGCUCUUGGAAAGUGUGAUGAGGAGGGAGCGUUCAACUUUGAGGAGUUCUUUGAAAAGCUCCCUUUCCCUCAGUCAACUGAGGAUUUUCAGUUACCUCCACAGCUACUUUCUGCAUUUAUGGAUGAAAGCGCACCACCACCCUUCUUCCACAUAAAGCGCAAUGUAUAUCUUGUCAAGCGGCCGAAAACAGCAGGGGAAGAUUCCUGUUGCUUGUGUACAGGGGAGAAUGAAGUAUGUGGAAGCAAUUGUCUCUGCCGGUCGAUUUCAACAAGCUGUUCGAAACGUUGCAAGUGUGACGAGAACUGCUUGAAUCGUCCGUUUAGGAAGGAAAAGAAAAUGAGCAUAGUGAAGACCAGACACUGUGGAUGGGGAGUAGAAGCUGGAGAAGAUGUAAAGGCAGGCGAAUUCAUCAUCGAGUAUGCAGGGGAAGUUAUCGACGAUGCCCUGUGCGAGAAGAGACUCUGGGACCUGAAGGCGCGAGGAGCUGAAAAUUUUUACAUGUGUGAAAUUAGCAAGAACUUAGUGAUUGAUGCAAAUUUCAAAGGCAACAUUUCACGGUAUAUUAAUCACAGCUGUGAACCGAACUGCCAGCUCCAAAAAUGGCAAGUGGAUGGUGAAACCAGGGUUGGAGUUUUUGCAUCAGUCGACAUACCUGUGGGGACUCCAUUGACAUAUGAUUACAAGUUCGUAGGGUAUGGGAAUAUCCAGCGGUGUCAUUGUGGCAGCUUGAAGUGCCAAGGUUUUCUGAACGCUGAGGGCUUCAAACUGAGAAAGGCGCCAAGAUUGGCGAGAGAGGAAUCAUUGUCUCCAGGGACACCAUCAAAGGACCAAGGGAAGAAAAGAUUGUUUCGACGAGAUUCUGAUGAGAGUUCCGACUGUGGCUCGCAACGAGUCUCAGGGAGCUCGUCAUCAGCAGCACGGGGACUCACCUGUGGACAUUUUGCACGGAAAGCAAGGAAGCGACGACAUGAUUGGGGGUCAAUUAGGCUCAUGCUUCAGCAGAUUAACUGCGCUGUGGAGGGGUAGACGAGACGAGGCGCUCUCAACCAUGGGGUUUGCUGCCGCCAUCCCUAUGGCUUACUCAUCGUCGGCGUAUGGUGCUUCUCCACCUCCUCAUGCUCCUCGUUCUGUGUCAGUCACCUGUCCUUGCCUUCCCACCUCUGUCAUGGGCCUCCUCCCCCGCUUUCAACGGCCAAGUAUCUGUUUGCGCUGGCAAAGAAGUGAAUAGAUAGCACUAGCAAAAAAGACCAAGGGUCUGUUUGCAUGUGAGGACUGUUUUUUCCUUGGUCAUGAAUGAAAGAUAGCUGCUUGCUGUUUGUGCAACUUUGUGGCAAACUGCAGAGGGGCAGUCAAGACAGGUUGCCCCCGAUCGCAGGAUUUGGAAAUGCAGGUUGUCCACACAACCGACUCGGCAUAUGAUGUCUUGGGCACUGUGUAACUUCUUCUGGAGUUUGAGUUCACGUUCGUCAUCAUCAGUUGACGCAACACAUUUCGUAGUACUCCUUACGCCAAAUGACGACCUCUGAGAACAAUGCCUUGUUGAAAAGCCAGAGCACCAUGCCUACCGUCUUCACCCAAAUAAAACGCCCGGUCAUUGUCGCUGCAUCUGGUCUGAAAGUUGCCCCGAAUACGGCUAUAAUGACCGGGCGGCGUUUUAUUCGGGUGAAGACGGUAGCGGGCAUGAAAUAAGACCUAGGUAGGUGGAAAUCAGAAAUCCAAAUUGACGUUUCUUCCCUUUGGAUCAUUUCAAAGAUGGUCAGCAUUAGUUCCCAAUGUCUCCCAAAAUGAUAAUGUAAUUUUUUGUACGCCUAAAUAUGCUGCCGGUUACAGUUCCUGCCCUGUAGUCCUCUUCUCUGUGCAAUGUUGUGCAGCCAGUGCUUUGCGAGCGUUUUCGUGUUCUGAAACAUUGCAUCGCGUGCCAACACAUAUCCCCCAAAUUCUUCUCCCUGCUCCAAGGGAGGCAAUCAAGGGCUUGUAAGAGAGAGAGAGAGAGAGAGAGAGAGAGAGAGAGAGAGAGAGAGAGAGAGAGAGAGAGAGAGAGAGAGAGAUGGUGUUUGAAUCACUGGUGAGAAAUGACCAUCUUAAGGUUGACACCAACUUGUGACCGGGCCAGACCGGCUGUUGCUAAACAUGCACUGGCUAGGUGGGGGGAUGGGAGGGGUAGGUGGGGUAGUGGAGUGGGGGUAAGAGUGGUGGAAAUGAAGAACGAUGGCAAGUAUCUGAUACUGUAUAUAUGUCUAGCUGGGCAUGUCUAGAUGGGCAAUGAUGGAACGAAAUCUCGGGGUGAAUGUGUCUCACAUCAGUCAUGGAGAAGGGGUAUAUAGCUUGAAAUGCAGGUGUGGAUGGGGUGCAUCUUUGGUAAUGUGGAGCACUGAGGGAUAUUCUUGAUGACUGCCCCCAUCCCUGUUGCAUUUUGUCUCUCGUUAUGUCGAUCAGUGGUUGGAAUCUCUCCCUACGUCGACAUUGUUUGAUAAUCAUUUGGUUGGAAUCUCUCCCUACGUCGACAUUGUUUGAUUAUCAUUCCCUUUCCCUUCAUGUUCUUUCCGUAAAUGGAAAGAUGCAGGAUGGGAACGAGCGCCACCUUUUACCUCUCUAGAUCUAAUGCCCUUUGCUAUGAAGGGCAAGAGUGGAGACUGAGGAGAAGACUUUGUCUGUCCAUUUUUGAGUUCCCGACUCGCUCAAACCGACUAAGUGUUUUAGUCUGUCACAGAUUUCGACUGACUGGCAGUCCGAAGAAUUCAAGCACCUGUUUCGGCCGCGUUUUCGCGGGGACCGAGCGCAGUAAGAUAAGCAUGCCUCUGCACUCGAGAGUCAAGACUGAGUGGUUGGCGGUUGAGGUGGUGAUUGCAGAAUAGGUGAAACUUCAAAGAAUAGGUAUGUUGCUCUCUAUCUGGGCAAUCCUUGCAGUGACAUGAGGCGUGCCAUGCCCGAGAGUUGAGACGUGAAGAAUGAGUAUGGUCUAUGGUGUCCAGGUGUAGUGUUGUUCUGAAAGAGAAAUGUUGAGCAUUUGUCGCUC